GUUGGACUGCGCCAGGCGUCCCACUUCAACCCUUUCUUCACUCACUUUCGAAGACGACCAUCGCGGAAAUUUCGCUAUUCGAUACCAGCACCCGAUCGGACAGCGAAAUCCUGACAAUCCAGACCAACCGCAAUCAUGGCUGACGCUGACUACGACCCCGAGGCCGCCGCUGAGCUCAAGAAGAAGAGAACCUUCCGCAAGUUCUCUUACCGUGGAAUUGACCUUGACCAACUCCUCGAUCUCUCCUCGGACCAGCUCCGCGAUGUCGUCCACGCCCGCGCCCGCAGAAGGAUCAACCGUGGUCUGAAGCGCAAGCCCAUGGGCCUGAUCAAGAAGCUCCGCAAGGCGAAGCAGGAGGCCAAGCCCAACGAGAAGCCCGAGGUCGUCAAGACUCACCUGCGUGACAUGCUUGUCGUCCCCGAGAUGAUCGGCAGCGUCAUCGGCAUCUACUCUGGCAAGGAGUUCAACCAGGUCGAGAUCAAGCCCGAGAUGGUCGGCCACUACCUGGCUGAGUUCUCUAUCUCCUACCGCCCGGUCAAGCACGGUCGUCCCGGUAUCGGUGCGACGCACUCUUCUCGUUUCAUCCCUCUGAAGUAAAAUGGAUGUGGUCUUUUGCGGGUGCUUUGCAUUGUGUCGAAAUGGUCUCGGCGAACGGUCAUGGUUUUGCUUGGAACGGGAGGGGCACAACCACUAUCUAGCAUGAUAAGUGAUGGAAUGAAGCACACAAGCAUGUGCACUUGAAACCAACUUCGUGCCCACGAUCCGUGAGUGGGGUGAAAGUCGCUACGCGGACCAGGGGACACGUCGCGGGGAGGAAGACCACCCGCGGCUUAGGUCGGUGGUGAGGCAGUCCACCAAGUCGAGGCGAUUAAAUGCACAAGUCCGAAUCCACCGGGGUCCAGAGGCUACUGGACGUGCUGAAAAUAGUCGUGCCAUGUCAUAAAAUCCUGCCUUGUUGUCCGUCCGUUUUAGUAGUCAGGACGGCCGGUGCAUGAGGUUUCCCAUCAAUGCUGAGGCGGGCCAGGCCCGGUGUCGAUUGUGUUGGCGUGCGGUCGGCCCAAUACACCCCUUCCGUCACGGCCAUUUUCAGCGUUUGCGGCCCGGAAUGACCUUCCUGUGAGUCCAUAGUCGCAGGAAGUCCUGUCCUGUCCGAACAGACUGGCGGCAUCACUGGGAAUUGACUCUCUUUCC